UAGAACUGCUGCGAACAGAACAGGCGCAACGAACGAACCCCCACGUCCCUUCCCUCCGCCACCCCGCCGUUUUAUUGUGAGGCACAUCGUGGGUGUGCCCGGAUCGCGAAGGAAAGGACGCUAGCACCGAGGCGACCGAACGAACAAACGAACGGGAGCAAAACGAACGGUUCUUAGUAGUAGUCGUCGUCGUUGUCGUUGUGUUGGUCGUGGUAGUAGUGGUGUUUUAGUCAUUGUCCACCUGUCAGCCAGGGACCACAGGGACCGUGUCAGAGUCGCGCUGGUCAGUUAGUCUUUUCUGGUCGAUUGUCACACACACAAUCCUUGAAGUCUGGGAAGUGUACCCAAUAGUUGUUAAGUUAAGUUGUUGUUAUCAACUCCAUAGGGAAGUGGGAAUAUAAUUGUAGGUUAACUAAAGAGAGAGAGAUAAAUAGGGAACGAUAAGGUUAAACAUAGUGAAAUACAUCUAGGAAAGGUUUUUUUUGUUUUAACGUAUUGUUUGAAGGACCAAAUAGUAAUCCUAUUUAUAGUAGAACGGUACACAACACGCGUAAAAACAACCAUGGUGGGUCCGAGUUCGCAGGUCAGCAAGAUACUGCUGUCGCUGCUGUUUCUGCUCAUCGCGUUCUUCGCCUGGAUGGACGUGAACCUGUACAUUCGCAUCCAGGACUAUCCGAUCCGGGACACCGAUCCGUUCCUGCUGGCCGCCAACAGCACACUGCUGAAGCCCGCCUCCGCCGGUAGCCACCCGAGCACGGUCACCUCACCCCUGCUUGCCGCGUCCUCCUCGAUGCCGCUGCAACUGAACCGACACAUCGUGCGGUACGAAGAUGUGGCCUGGGUCAACUGUGACCUGAACCCGCUCUGUGACGUCACCGUCAAAGCGAUGAUGCUGGACCACACGAACCACUACCUGUUCGCACCGAUCGCGACGAUCGUCGACAAUGUGGCCGGCUUUUCCCAGGGCGAUCUGGUCACCCCGAACAUGAUCUCCUUUUUCCACGUGUUCGUCGCGAUCGCGGCCGGCCGGAUGAUUGCGUCCGAUUCGCUCGGCUACCGGCGGAUCGGGGUGGUGCUGUUCCAGUUCCGCACCUUUCUGGACGAUCUGGACGGGCAUGUGGCGCGGGCGAAGAAGCACAUCCGCGGCGAACGGUCGGACAUUGGUUCGGCGGGCUACUACAUCGACGGGAUCUGCGACGGGCUCGGGUGCAUUGCGCUGAUGAUUGGGGUGUUUGUGUUUCUGAAAAACAAUCCACCCAGACGGGGGUACACCCAGCUGCAGUCGAUCAUACCGGUGUCGGAGUCGAAGUCCGGGUCCGAGUCGGGCGUCAUUUACAAGGUCAAGGUAACGACGAAGAAGGUCGCCCGGAAGGUGCUGUGCUACACCGGCAUGCUGGUGCUCAGCUCGACCGGCUGGAACCGGUACAUCGCGAUCUACCAGGAUAUGCUCGAGCGGGAGAACGUGACGCCGGCCCAGUACCUGCACCAGGAGUCGGUGUUCCGGUCGACCGGGUUCUUCGUGAUUGCCUGGCUGUGGCGCAUCUUUAACGUGCACGCGCUGCUCCACUUUCUGCUGCUGAGCGUGUUCUGUGAUAAGCUGUGGGAGUACCUGCGCAUGAUCCAGUACGCCGGGUACGUGGCGCUGCUCGUGAUCAUCAGCUUCGCCGAGAUGCAUCUGCUCGGCGUGCAGACGUUCAUCUACAAAUCGCUCACGGUCAACAAUACCUCGUUGUGAUUGCGCUAAACAUUGCGCAAAAAAGCGCCAGGGGGCUUGUUAACAAUUAAUGUUUUAUUAACUUUUUUUUUAUUUCAGUUUCAUGAUUUAUUGUAUUUUGUGUUUGUGUUCCCCACACACGUGUGUGCCCACGUGUAUGUGUGUGUUUAUGAUUAUAUUAUACAGGCGUGCGGUGUGUAAGUGUAAGACAUUUGCACCCCAAACCCCCUCCCUUUUCCGUUACUGAAUCAUUACGAAAACCACGAAAUUAUUAUCAACAAAUGCUAAAACAAUAAGCAGCCCUCCCUUCCUUAUUAAGCCUUAAGAAGAAGCGUUUAAAGCAGGUGUGAAUGGAUUAAGUUGCGCGCUCGAACCUAGUAAGAGUAUUGCAAUUGCAUUCGGACGGUUAGGACGUCCGUUAUGUAUGUGUGUGUGUGUUUUUGUUUUAGAUGAGAUCAUUGUAUAUCUACAUAUUAUGUAUGUGCUGUAUAGUGUGAUACAAGCGCGAACCGGACGCGUCUUAUAUUUAUCGUGAGAGAUAAAGUGCGUCUGCAGAGCAAUUUGUCGUAAAAAAAAAUCAAAACCAGCCUUCAUUACUAUUAGUACGAUCCUUUCUAUCUAUAUAUAUAUACUAUACAUUUCUACAUGCGCGCGUGUGCGUGUUUAUGCUGUAUUUUAGUAAUCUGUUUUCUAGUACAUCAGUGUACAGUGUUGUAGUAGCAAGCACCAAGCCGCUCAGAAAGCAUGCAGAGGGCGCUAGAGAGUUCUUUAUUAAUUGAAAAAAGCAACAAGAAACCAAUUGUGUACAGUGAUUAAUGGCUAAUAUUUGUACUGAUUUUUUAACACACCGGUGUGGAAUAGUUUUAUAUUUCUAGGCAAGAGGUUAUUUUCUCUCAAGUACCGCUACUACUAUGGAAGUGUGUGUGUGUGUGUGUGCGUGUGUGUUUGUAAGAACAUCCACUGAUAAAUUCUGUCAGCUGGGUCAGCGCGCUUACCCUUCUGGUCGCCUUGUUGUGUAAUUUGUUAGCAGCUAAAUAAUGCAGUUCAGCGCCACACUCACUAAUCACACUACUAGCAAAUACACAGGCAAACGGGGGUGCGUUCAUUAACGUGUUCUCUACUAAUCAACAAGCGGUAUAAAUAAGUUUGCCCUCCUUAUGUGCUGUCCCUCUCCUUUCCCCCCCCCCCGGAACCGGGGAGGAUUUUUUGUGUCCUUUAGUCCUCGUUCGUCGGUCCAUUUCCCUGGACAGCAUAACAAAUCGACGAUGGGGCAUACACGGCUUGUUCUUAACAUUUAACCGUGACUUUAA